GCCUCAGCCUCAAUACUGGAAAAAGGUCGGCUGAUCAGCCAUUAAAUUGACUAAAAUUCAAUUUAGCUAUUCCAUGGUGCCAAGCCUUUUGGUCCUUGACCUCGGAAGAAUUUGAAUUCAAGAAUAGCUUCAAUUUUUGAAUUUCCCUUCCCAACCCAUACCCUCCAAGGCGACAUAUAUGCUACCGCUGGCUGUGAGAUGAAAUAAUGCUACAGCCGCGGAUACUGUCCGUUCAAGCCCGGACGGUGCUGGCUGGGCGCCAAUGCUCCCGCGGCCUGCUCCUCCGAGCCUAUGCGACAAUUCGCCAGGCUGCACAUCCCCCGAAUCCCAAGAACGACUAUCUACCUAGGGUCCCUAAGAAUGAGGAGGCACCCCCUAAAACCGCAAGACAACCAGCGCCCUCCGGGCUCAAAUCUGGAAAGGAGUCGACAUUAAUUCUACGUACAUAUAAACCUAGGACCCCUGGUGUACGACAUCUUAAGCGACCUAUCAACGAUCACUUAUGGAAAGGCAGGCCAUUUCUCCCGUUAACUUUCCCCAAGAAGGGUAUGGGGAAGGGUGGCCGUAACAAUAAUGGGCGUAUCACGGUCCGGCACCGUGGUGGUGGCCACAAGCGGAGGAUAAGGACAGUGGAUUUCCACCGCUGGCUUCCCGGCCCCCACCUCGUCGAACGAAUUGAGUACGAUCCGAACCGUAGCGCACACAUCGCACUGCUCACGGAGGAAGCCACCGGAAAGAAGACCUACAUCAUAGCAGCCGAGGGUAUGAGGGCUGGAGAUGUAGUGCAAAGUUAUCGAUCUGGUAUUCCCCAGGACCUUCUCGAAAGUAUGGGUGGUGUCAUCGAUCCGGGUAUUCUAGCUGCUAAGACGGCACAUCGUGGAAACUGCUUGCCGUUACACCUUAUUCCCGUUGGAACUCCAGUGUACAACGUCGGUUCUCACCCAAAGGGUGGUGCUGUCUUCUGCCGAAGUGCAGGAACCUUUGCCGUUGUCGAGAGUAAGGAUGAAGAGGUAAGGGAUGAUGGUGUUAAAGUUGUGACGGGCAAAUACGUUACCGUUAGGCUACAGAGUGGAGAGAUCAGGAGAGUCAGCAAAGAUGCAUGUGCCACUAUAGGUGUCUCGAGUAACCCUCACCACCAUUACCGACAGCUUGGUAAGGCUGGUAGGAGCCGAUGGUUGAACAUCAGGCCUACAGUACGUGGUGUGGCUAUGAACAAAGUGGAUCAUCCUCACGGUGGUGGUCGUGGUAAAUCCAAGGGUAACCGACAUCCAACAAGUCCUUGGGGUACACCGUCGAAAGGUGGUUACAAGACACGUAGGAAGAACAAUCCUAACAAGUGGGUUGUGGUCCCUCGGGCGCGGAACAUGGGCAAGAGGAGAGACAAGAAGGGCAAAGAAUCAUAGAAAUGUCUUUCUUCGAGCGAGCCCCAUACACUCUGUCUAUAUGUACCACCUACAGUCUCAGCAGAGAGAGCGAGACUUAUGUAUUGAAGUGUACUAUAUCAACCGAGUCGUCAUGCAACUCUAGCUAUCAAUAGCUAGGCAUCUUUCUAAUAUUGUGCCUUCUCAACAGGUAAGUGGCUUGAAUGCAACCUGCAAUGAGACGCGCCACCCAUUUUUCCCUCUCCGA